AUGACGAACCCAUCGCUCCCCAUCACGGAGAAGCCUACCGCUGGAGGCUUCUCCCUCCACCCUGGCUUCUAUGUCCUGAACUGGAUGUUCUUCUCCAACAUGACCAUUCUGUUUAACAAAUGGCUGAUUGACACGGCCGGAUUCAAGUAUCCCGUCCUCCUCACCUGCUGGCACUUGGUAUUUGCGACACUCGCGACACAGAUUCUUGCCAAGACGACGACCCUCGUCGAUGGCCGAAAGAGGGUCAAGAUGACGGGCCGGGUCUAUCUUCGCGCUGUCGUGCCCAUUGGUGUCCUCUACUCGGGGUCCCUUGUGUGCAGCAACCUCGUAUACCUCUACCUCAAUGUCGCCUUCAUCCAGAUGCUCAAAGCCGCCGCCCCUGUCGCCGUCCUCUUUAUCAGCUGGGUGUGGGGCGUUGCCAAUCCCACUCUCGAAAAUGUCGUCAACGUUAUCGGCAUCGCCUUUGGUGUGUUCCUUGCCAGCGCUGGUGAAAUCGAUUUCUCGUGGAUUGGCUUCGCUUUCCAAUUUGGCGGCAUCGUCUUCGAGGCCAUGCGUCUUGUCAUGAUUCAGCUACUUCUCUCCGGGGACGACAUGAAGAUGGACCCCCUCGUCAGCCUGUACUACUACGCGCCUGUUUGUGCCGUGAUGAACAUCAUUGUCGGUCUGUUCACCGAAUUCCGCACCUUCCAGAUUGCCCACCUCUGGGAUACUGGCGUCUUUGUCCUCAUUCUCAACGCCGGCGUCGCCUUCAUGCUCAACGUUGCCAGUGUAUUCCUCAUUGGCAAGACUUCUUCCCUCGUUCUUACCCUCGCCGGCAUCCUGAAAGCGAUCCUCCUUGUCGUCGCCUCCGUUAUUAUCUGGCAGACCACCAUCACCCUCCUUCAAUUCCUGGGCUAUUCUAUUGCCCUCUUCGGGCUCGUGUACUACUCCAUCGGCUGGUCCCAAAUCAAGACUCUGGGUGCCGGUGCUGCCGCUUGGUCUGCCAAGGUCUAUUCUAACGGCUUUGGCGAAGCCACUGGCAACACGCGCAUCAGGCGUGCUGUCACCAUUGCCCUCGUUGUUCUGAUCACGUUUAUGCUUCUCAUUGGGUUCUCGAGGCACUCAUCCGAGCCCGGUGAGGGCGAGCGUCCCACCCAGUCCCCCGACUCGGAGGGCUGGGGCUUCAGCUGGAUGUCCUAUCUCGGGUGGUCCCAGUAA